AUGGAGGACGACUGUGUGUGUGCUUACGACUCAACCUGGGACACAGAGAGUGAUGGAGAGGACCAGGCCGCAGAUGGUCAACAUCGUCGAUCUAGUCGAGACAAAAAUAAAUCUGGUUGGACUUCAGAAUCGUGGCAUCACACACCCAGAAACAUGAGGGCAGCAAAGGACAUGCAGAACUACAGAAGAGGAUACCCUAAUCUUGCAGAUGAAGAGUGCUCAGAGGACAAAAUGAAGAAUUUGCAGUUUUACCUCAAUAAAUUCCCCUCUUCACCUGAUAAUGUCUACAUUGAAUCGUUCCUCAAAGAAUGGAAGAAUGACUACAAAAAGCUGGAGAGUGUUCAUUCAUACAUUCAGUGGCUGUUUCCACUCCGAGAACCAGGGGUAAACUACAUGGCUUCUGAACUCACCAAGAAGGAAAUUGGGGCCUUUAAGAGUAAUGAUGAUGCAAAAAAGAGGCUAGUGGAGUCCUAUGAACUCAUGUUGGGCUUCUACGGCGUCCGCCUGGUUAACAAAGAGACGGGUGAAGUGACACGAGCAGACAACUGGAAAGAGCGCUUCAGGAACCUUGAGCAGAACAUGCACAACAACAUGCGCAUCACUCGCAUCUUAAAGAGUCUGGGCGAGCUAGGAUUUGAGCACUAUCAGGCACCGCUCGUUCGCUUCUUCCUCGAGGAGACUCUGGUCAAGAAAAACCUCACCAGUGUUAAACACAGCGUACUUGACUACUUCCUGUUUGCGAUUCUGGAUAAACAACAACGCCAGGAGUUGGUGCGCUACGCCUACCUUCACUUUGAACCAAAGGAUACAUUUGUGUGGUGUCCCAGGAAGAUUCAGAGGCAGUUUAAGAAGUUCAGAAAGAAAGAAAAACAUUGGCAUUCCUCCUCUUCUUCUUCCACAAAAGACCAUUACGAAGACAAAGAAAAAUCACGGACUCCACCAAGGACAAGACCAUGGACCAUGGAACAAGGAAACAUAUAACAAGACCAUGGACCAUGGAACAAGGAAAUAUAUAACAAGACCAUGGAACAAGGAAACACAUAAGGCCAUGGACCUAAGACCAUGGAACAAGUAAAGACAUAUCCAGAUGCCAAAGGCUUAGUAAGAAGUGUUUUGGUUAAAACCAAGACCAACACGGUUCAACGACCAAUAGAUGAACUCUCCCUGCUAAUGGAAGCAGCUUGAUGGACUGAGGGGGGCUUCGGUUCUCCAGACUCGAUGACCGCUUCAGAUAUGACUAUGGACUUUGAAGAGACUUGACGAGUAACUCAAGUAACUUAAUUAACUUUGAAUUUGAAGAACAUAAUUGUUUGGAUUGUAUUGUUCUAUUAUGGCUCCUGUGAAUAUUAUUUAUGUAAUUGUUUUGCUAAAGCACACAAUUAGGGGCCGGGAUGUUGGAGCCAGUUGGAGCAUAUCUAUAUUAUUUAUUUAUUAAUUGUUUGACAAUGAAAUCAAAUAUUAUCAAUAAUGAUGUUAAUGAAUUAUUGGAUGUUUUAGAUUUCAUUGUGAUUGACUGAUUGUUUUCAGCUGCUCACGCU